AUGGGAGAAGGAGACGACGAAGAGGAAUAUGGAAAUGAGUACGCCAGUGAUCGACUUGAUGUGCAACAUGAGCAUGAAAAGGUAACAAUUCAUAAUACAAUGGCUGAAUAUCCUGUAGACACCGUCCAUGAAAUGGCAAGCAAUAGAGUCACCGGUCAGUCAGAAGGUGAUAGAUUGCAAGCCAUGGUCCAAUCGGCUAGGACCGAUGAUGUUAAGGAGCGUGACGUAUUCGACUCAAAGAAGGAACUAGUUAUGAAAAUGCAUUUACUUGCAUUGCGGAAGAACUUUCAGUUUCAAGUGAAGAAGUCUACGCCGAAACUAUACUUGAUGCGAUGCAUCGAUCCUACUUGCACGUGGCGACUUAGAACCACUAAGAUUAGAGAUUGCAACCUGUUUAAGAUAAAGAAAUAUAUCGCAGUCCACUCUAAGUGCAAUGGUGCCGUUAUGAAACAGGAUCAUCGUCAGGCGAAGAGUUGGGUGGUCGGUCAUCUAGUACAAUCAAAGUUUACUGAUGUUUCUCGCACGUACAGGCCGAAGGACAUCAUGCAAGAUAUUCGUGAGGAGUACGGUGUAAAUAUGAGUUACGACAAGGCCUGGCGUUCGAGCGAAGAAGCACUCCGACUUAUCAGAGGGGAUCCAGCUUCAUCGUACGRGCUACUACCCGCUUAUGGGGAAGCCAUGAAAAUCAUGAAUCCAGGUACUAUAUUUGAAUUGGAGUUGGAUGAUAGUAAGUACUUCAAAUAUGUCUUCAUGGCCAUGGGUCAAUCAAUUAGAGGUUUUAUGUGUUGCAUUCGACCAGUUUUGGUUAUUGACGGGGCACACCUUAAAGGGAAGUACGGAGGUGUAUUAUUAACUGCUUCUGCUGUUGAUGCGAAUAACCAAAUAUACCCAGUUGCUUUUGCAAUGGUCGGGAGUGAGAGCGUCGCAUCAUGGGUAUGGUUUAUGACUCAAUUGAAGAGUGUUGUCGACACCGUUCAGAAUUUGGUCUUCAUUUCUGAUCGACAUGCCGCCAUUUGUAAAGCGAUUGAUGAGGUAUUUCCUACUGCAUUUCAUUGCUUUUGUAUACAUCAUCUAAAGAUGAACUUGCUGGCCAAAUUUAAAACGUCCGCGUUGGAGGCAUUAUUUUUUAAGGCUGCGAAGGCAUUUCGCGAGUCAUAUUUCAAUGAGAACUGGGUCCAACUGUGCGCACACCCAGGAGUCAGGGAAUAUCUGGAAGCUAUAGGAAAGGAACGAUGGGCUCGCUGCUUUCAGACGAAACUAAGAUACUCACAAAUGACCACCAAUAUUGCAGAGUCCGUUAAUGCCCUUUUCAGGCAUGCACGUAAGUUGUCAAUCACCGCAUUACUUGAUCAUAUCAGAGGUGUGUUGCAAAGGUGGUUCUACGAACAUCGGACGCUUGCUUCUUCACGGCAGAGUACGUUGUCUGACUACGCAGAGGAAAUGAUUGCCGAAGCUUUGGAUAAUGCACGGAGACACAUUGUUAUGAACAUCGACCAGUUUAAUUUUGAGGUACUUGACGGGAACCUCAAUGGGGACGUUGACUUGCAAUCGCAGACGUGUACUUGUCGGGAGUUCGAUUAUUUUAAAGUCCCGUGCUCCCAUGCUAUUGCUGCAGCCAGUUCUCGUAGCAUAAAUCCGUACACACUAUGCGAUGAGGCAUACACGGUCAACAGCUAG